AUGGACACAUUGCAAGGAGGGCAAUUUGGGUUGGUUUUGCAGCAAGCCAAAGCCACACUGAUUGUGCCAUUGCUGAAGUUUUUGGUGGUUGUGUGCUUGGGCAUGUCUCUGAUGCUUUCUGCGGAGAAGGUGUACAUGGGCAUAAUGAUAAUAUUGAUUAAGCUGUUUAGAAGAAGGCCUGUGAAGCAUUGGAAAUGGGAGGCCAUUAAGGAUGAUGUUGAGCUUGGGAACUCAGCUUACCCUAUGGUUCUUGUGCAAAUUCCCAUGUACAAUGAAAGAGAGGUUUAUCACCUUUCUAUUGGAGCUGCAUGUGGGCUUUCUUGGCCUUCUGAUAGGAUCAUAAUUCAAGUUCUUGAUGAUUCAACGGAUCCAACCAUUAAGGAUUUGGUGGUGCUAGAAUGCCACAGAUGGGCAAGCAAAGGAAUAAACAUAAAGUACGAGAUCAGAGACGACAGAAAUGGGUUCAAAGCAGGGUCUCUCAAAGAAGGCAUGAAGCACAGUUAUGUCAAACAGUGUGACUAUGUUGCCAUCUUUGAUGCUGACUUCCAACCUGAGCCUGAUUUUCUCUACCGCACCAUUCCAUUUCUGGUCCACAACUCUGAUCUUGCUCUUGUCCAAGCUCGCUGGAAAUUUGUAAAUUCAGAUGAGUGCUUGAUGACAAGGAUGCAAGAGAUGUCACUGGAUUACCAUUUCACGGUGGAGCAAGAAGUGGGGUCUGCAACUUAUGCCUUCUUUGGUUUCAAUGGCACGGCGGGUGUGUGGAGAAUUGCAGCGCUCAAUGAGGCUGGAGGAUGGAAGGACUGCACAACAGUGGAGGAUAUGGAUUUAGCAGUCCGAGCUAGUCUCAGAGGCUGGAAAUUUGUAUAUCUUUCUGACCUUAAGGUGAAAAGUGAAUUGCCAAGUACUUUCAAAGCCUACCGUUCUCAGCAGCAUCGAUGGUCUUGUGGCCCUGCUAAUCUCUUUAGAAAGAUGGUAAUGGAGAUUGUGAGAAACAAGAAGGUGUCCCCAUUGAAGAAGUUUCAUGUGAUCUACAGUUUUUUCUUUGUUCGCAAAAUUAUAGCACAUAUCGUCACAUUUGUCUUCUACUCUGUCAUUUUACCAGCAACAGUUUUGGUUCCUGAAGUUCAGGUUCCCAUGUGGGGUGCUGUUUACAUUCCUUCUACCAUUACUCUCCUCAAUGCUGUUGGAACUCCUAGGUCUUUUGAAGCAGGGAGAGUAAAUGAGUGGGUCGUCACUGAGAAACUGGGAGAUUCUCUCAAGAAAGAUCCCAGGAAACCUCGAUUAAGAAUUGGAGAAAGACUACAUAUGCUUGAGCUCAUUGUUGGAUUCUACCUCUUCUUCUGCGGCUGCUAUGACCUUGCCUUUGUAAAGAACGGCUACUUUAUCUACCUGUUCAUCCAAUCUGUUGCAUUCUUCAUUGCGGGAUUUGGUUAUGUUGGCACCUUUGUCCCUAACUCAUAG